AUGACAGCGACACACUCAGCUCUGACAGCGGCCACACUGAGCUCAGAGCGCGGGGAGGUGCUGUGGGCUGGCUCGGGGAGAGAUGUGAUCGUGGACAUGUCGGAGGAGAGCGGUCUCCAUGGAGACGCAACGGUGGGGCUGGAGCCACCAGAGGGUGACACUGAGCCCAGCCUGCUGCUGCAGAAGCUCAAGAGCAACGUAUCGAAACAAGUGCAGAGCAAAGUGGAGCAAAUCUUAACGGAAGUCCAGCGCUUCUCCGAUAAUGACAAACUGUACCUGUACCUCCAGCUGCCCUCGGGUCCCGGCUGCACGGACAAGAGCUGGCUGCAUGGUUUUUACAGCGCGGAGUGUGGCUCCGUGAACACCACAGAGCAGCAGCACACCUGCAACUGGAUCCGCAGCCACCUGGAAGAGCACUCAGACACGUGCCUGCCCAAACAGGAUGUCUACGAGACCUACAGGUGA